GGAGCAGGCAGACACACGGACACACAGGGGGAGCAGGCAGACACACGGACACACACAGGGGGAGGCGGGCAGCUUCACGAGACACGGAGCCGUUGGCGGCACAGGGGGCGCUGCUCACCCGGACUCAGUUUACCCUCAGACCCCGAAGCCCUUGGCGGGAGCGGGUCCAGGGUACGGCGAGACGAGGAGAACGGGGUCCGAGGAGGGGACACGGGGGACAAGGACGAGGGGAGGAAAAGCGGGGAGCGACGUCUGGGACACAGGCUCCGGUGGCCACCCGCGAGUCCCAACCCCCCCCCCCCCCGAAUCGCGCCAGCCAUUGCCUGAGACGCGUGCAGGGAAGGCGGCAUCGCCGCCAGGCAACGGGGAGGGCCCGAGGCCGUGUGACCAACUAGGCCCCAACGGACAUGCGCUAAACAUCUCACACAGCCAGAGGACGAUGCCUGGUGAACAGCAGCAGCAAAGCGCGGGGUCGGACGCGGAGAGCGUGAGGACCCCGGGCCGGCCCAAGGAGAAGGCGAGCGGUGGGGCCGGUACCGACAAGGCACGGGGAGCGCGCCCGCGCCUUACGGACGAUGAAAAACGCAAGCGGCUUGACGAGGAGAAGCGGCGCAAGGAGGAGGAAGAGGAGAGGAAGAAGCUGGAAGAGGAGGAGCGGGUGAGGGCUGAGCAAGAGGAACGGCAGAAGGUGGAGGAGGAGCGGAAGAUGGCGGAGUUGGAGAGCCAGCGGAAAGAAGAGGAGAAGGCGGCCGCUGCACAGAAGGAGAUUGAAGAAGCACGGCAGCUGCAGGCCGAGAUGCAGGAGCGCUGCACUUGGAAGCAGGAGCAGCGGGUGCUGAACCAGGCGGCGCACGAGAACCGGCCCGAGGAGGGCUUCUUCGGCCGCCUCGACUCGAGCCUCAAGAAGAACACGGCGUUUGUGAAGAAACUGCGCACGCUCACGGAGCAGCAGCGCGACUCAGUCUCGUCCGACUUCAACUCGCUCAACCUCAGCAAGUACAUCGGCGAGGCGGUGUCCGCCCUCGUCGAGGCCCGGCUCAAGACGUCGGACGUCGGCUGCGCCGUGCAUGUGUGCUCGCUCUUCCACCGCCGCUACGCCGAGUUCGCGCCGCUGCUGCUGCAGGCGUGGCGCCGGCACCUGGAGGCGCGCAAGGACGACCGCGCGGCGGCGAGCAUCGGCAAGCUGCGCACCGACCUGCGCUUCAUUGCCGACCUGACGACCAUCGCCAUCUUCUCAGACCGCGAGGGCCUGUCGCUCCUUUACGAGCAGCUGAAGAUGAUCGUAGCGGCCGACCGUGAGACGCACGCGCACAUCUCCGUGGUGAUCAGCUUCUGUCGGCACUGCGGCGAGGAUGUGGUGGGCUUGGUGCCUCGCAAGGCCCGGCUGCUGCUGGAGAGACACGGCACCUGCAUGCCGCGCAGCGAGAUCUUCGGGCCCGAGAAGCAGCAGCCGUUCGUGGUGCUGCUGCGCGACUACUUCAGCUCGCUCUCCCGCCAGCUCAAGAAGGACCACCGCGAGUUGCAGAACCUCGAAAGGCAGAACCGGAGGAUCCUGCACACCAAGGGGGAACUCAGCGAGGAGCGGCACAAGCAGCACGAGGAGUGCGCCGUCUCCUACCAGAAGCUGCUGGUCAGCACGCAGAGCCUGGCCGAGCUGCUCGACGAGACCAUGCCUGACCUUCCCGAGGACAAAUCCGCUCAAGAGGACCAGGGCAUGGGGAUUGACCUCUUCACUCCGGGCCGGGCCGGCGAGCUGGAGCUGGAGGGUGGCCUGUGGGAGGACGAGGACUCGCGCUCCUUCUACGAGAGCCUCAUCGACCUGAAGGCGUUCGUGCCGGCCAUUCUGUUCAAGGACAGCGAGAAAACGGGCCCGCUGCAGGGCAAGGACGCCGAGGGCCGGGAGCUGGGCGGGAUGAGCGGCGCCGAGGAGCUGGAGCGAGAGCUCGAGACGCUGGAGAUCCUGGCCGAGGAGGCCGAGGUGGCGGCAGCGACUACAGAUGACGAUGCCUCGACGAUGGGAGCCGGGCCAGAGGAUGAGGUGGAGGACCCCGUCGACAAGCUCCUCAAGGAUGAUCCCGAGCCGGAAGACGAGGAGGCGAGUGUGGCGAGCCACCUACGUAUGAUCGUGGAGGCCUUCCUACAGCAGCUUCUCAACUGCGUCAAUCGGGACCUCAUAGACAAGGCAGCGACCGAUUUCUGCAUGAACAUGAACACCAAGGCCAACCGGCGCAAGCUGGUGCGGGCACUUUUCAGUGUGCCACGGCAGAGGCUGGACCUGCUGCCGUUUUUCGGUCGCCUCGUGGCCACGCUGCACCCGUGCAUGCCGGACGUGGCGGAGGACCUGACCUCGAUGCUCAAGAGCGACUUCAAGUUCCACGUGCGGAAGAAGGACCAGAUUAAUAUCGAGACGAAGAACAAGACAGUGCGCUUCAUCGGGGAGCUCACCAAGUUCCGCAUGUUUCCCAGCAACGAGACCCUCUACUGCCUCAAGAUGCUGCUGUCGGACUUUUCGCACCACCACAUCGAGAUGGCGUGCACGCUGCUGGAGACAUGCGGCCGCUUCCUCUUCCGCUCGCCCGACACGCACCUGCGCACCAACGUGCUGCUGGAGCAAAUGAUGCGCAAGAAGCAGGCCAUGCCGCUGGACGAGCGCUACAUCACGACGGUGGAAAACGCGUACUACCACUGCAACCCACCCGUGGUGGAGCGCACCGUGCAGCAGGCCCGCCCGCCUGUGCAUGAGUACGUGCGCCGCCUGCUCUACAAGGACCUGUCCAAGGUCACCACCGAGCGGGUGCUGCGUCAGAUGCGCAAGCUGGCGUGGGGGGACCCCGAGGUGAAGCGGUACGCCACCAAGUGCCUGGUGAGCGUGUGGAACGUCAAGUACAACAACAUUCACUGCGUUGCCAACCUGCUGGCGGGGCUGGUGCCCUUCCAGGAGGACCUGGGCGUGCACACGGUGGACGCGGUGCUGGAGGACAUCCGCCUUGGAAUGGAGAUCAACCAUCCCAAGUUCAACCAACGCCGCAUCAGCAGCGCCAAGUUCCUGGGCGAGCUCUACAACUACCGCAUGGUGGAGUCAGCCGUGGUGUUCCGCACGCUCUACUCGUUCCUCACGUUCGGCGUGGGCCCCGACGGCGUGCCGGGGGCCCUCGACCCGCCCGACAGCCUCUUCCGCAUCCGCCUCGUGUGCACGCUGCUCGACACGUGCGGCCAGUACUUCAACCGCGGCUCCAGCAAGCGCAAGCUCGACUGCUUCCUCCUCUACUUCCAGCGCUACGUGUGGUGGAAAAAGACCCAGGAGAUCUGGACCGCGACCAACCCAUUCCCCAUCGACGUCGACUACCUAAUCUCCGACACACUGGAGCUGCUGCGGCCCAAGUUCCGUCUGUGCGCGUCGCUCGAGGAGGCCAUGGGGCAGCUGGCAGAGCUGGAGAGGGAGUACCGCUCCAAGCUCGGGCUGGACGGCGGUGGCGGCGGCAAGACUGGUGGCUCGGACGUGCUGGGAGGAUCAUCAUCUGGGGUGGCCGACGAAGAGGACGACGACGAUGAUGAGGAGGAGGAAGGAGCGGAGACGGAGGAGCAGUCGGCUAACGAGAGCGACGCUAACGACCAAGACGAUGAGGACGGGACGGAUGAGGAGGAGGACGAGGAUGACGAGGAGGAGAACACGGAUUACAUGACGGAUUCCAACAAGGAGAACGACACCGACGAGGAUGGAGGGCAGGUGACAAUGAAGGACGGUGGGGGGCUGAAGCGCGUCGCGUGCGCCGAGGAUGAUGAAUUUAUCUCGGCCUUCGACAAGAUGAUGGUGGAGAAUAUGCAGCAGCGGAGCAGCGAAGCGGUGAAAGUGCACCAGCUGGACGUGGCCAUCCCACUCGGCCUGCGCGGGCAGGUCAAGCCUGGCCAGGCGGCGCCCGGGGAACCGGCGCUCGAGGGCGACACCACGAGCUGUCAGGACAUGGGCACCAUGCAGUUCGUCAUGCUCACCCGGCGCGGCAACAAGCAGCAGUUGCGCCCGGUGAGCGUGCCGAUUACGUCGCAGCUGGCGGCGUCGCGGAAGACGCAACAGCAGGCAGAGCGUGAGGAGCGCCAACGCGUCAAGAAGCUCACGCUCGACAUCAAUGAGCGGCAGGAGCAGGAGGACUACCAGGAGAUGCUGCAGUCCCUGGCCACGCGGCCCGCACAGGCCAACACGAACCGCGAGCGCCGGCCGCGCUACGUCCACCCAAAGGGCGCCCCCAACGCCGACCUCAUCUUCAAAACCGGGGGCCGACGGCGCUGAGGAACAGAGGAGGUUCCUGCCACGUGCGCAGGGAAAAAUCAGUCAAGCGGCGCUUUGUGCCGGCUUGCCCAGGGCGCUCUGCCCAUCCGCGCACACGUGUGCGUGCCUGCGUGUGUGUGGGAGAGCGGAUGAGGAGAUACGGGAGGGUCGGUUGGUCGUGGCUGUUUUAUUAAAAACCAAAAAGUUCACAUUAAAGAGACGCGAGCGGAGCGAGGGCAGGCACCGGCGGCAAAGACGCAGGCGGACGGACGAGAGCGGGGGGCGUUACACACGGCCGCGUCUGCCGCGCGGUGACCCUGCGGCGGCCGCCCCCUUCCGGGACCAGCGUGGGAGGGCUCAUGGAGCAGAGCGGGGAGAGAGAGAGAGAAUGAAUUAUGAGACGGUGACCGUGGACAACACAGCUGAUCGAUCGGCUGCGUGAUGCAGGUGACGUGGCACAGUGUGAAUUGGUGUGACGUAGGCGUGGCGCUGCGGAAGGCACGUGACCAGGGAGGGCGGUCGUGUCGGGCGCGCUCUGUAGACUCGCCGGUCUGAGCCUGAGAAACAUUCGUGAGGUGAACAACGUAAGAUUGUACGUGGUGUUCCAGGAGUGACAGUGACGUCACCCGAACGUUUGUCAAAUUCCAACAACCAGAAACAGCCGCUGCGUUGUGUUCAGUGGUUAGGUGUGAUCUUGCAGAAAGUGUUUGUGAAGGAUGUCUUUAAUUGGGGUUCAUAGCUUUGGGACUUUUUGCCGAAAUGUUAACAUGAAAACCGGGGCUCUGAGCUCGUACGAGGAGACCGAAUGCUUUGCCGGAGCAUUACUCUGCGAGGACGUUAGAAGCGGACGGAUAAAUGGUGGCGUAAGACCUAGAUAAUCCGGCGAGCCGUUUCGUGGAUUCACGCGUGAUCUCGGCUCGCGGUCGUCUCGUCCGGAAUGCGACACCGUUGCUGAGUUGGCAGCUUGAGUUUGCUUUGGGCUGCCCCCGGCUAAAAUUACAUCACACUUUGUUAUGUUCAUGUUUUGUUUUUUUCACAGCGAGCCUGUGGGAGCUGGCCGAUCACAGCCAGUAAGUCACAGCCGGCCUUAAUCUUGGGAUCACCUUUGUUUUUUUUUUGUAUCACAAUCAUCCAUGGCACGUCAUGCUCGUUGAGGUCCGGUUUGUGAUGGCGAUUGAAAGGGGAACUGCACCUUUGCUCCACGUGACUUGUUUUCCGUUGGACGCGUGGGUACGUGACGAGCACGUGGCAAGCGCUUGGCUAGGGUCGUGGACGCUGGGGGGGAACUGUUCCUGUCUCGUGGGCGUGCCCCCCCCCUCCCCCAUCGGGCUACGUCUCGGUCGUCGUACAUUACAACAUCGUGAACUGUGUCCGUUUUGGCUUCGGCCUUUGCGGCGGGGAUGGCAUGGAGCGAGCGAUGGAAACCCGAGCUGGAGGAAGCGGAGAGAUGGGGGCGGCUCACCGAGAGGACGUCUGCGCAGAUGCGCGCUCGGGGGCUUGCACACGAGCCCGUGUGUGUGUGGUCGCAGCCAAAGCCAAGUGUAUGAACCGCUGAGCUCGUGCUAUCAAGAUGGGAUCGUGGCCACGGUGGUUUGGUCCGAAGAGUGGGUUUGUCUCAUGGGUCAGGGCGUCUCCGUUUAGCCUAGCAGGUGUCUCUGAUCACACGUGCAUGGUGCUGAUGUGGUGGUGAUGAUGGAUGGCGGGGAAAGUUGGGUUGUGGUGGUGGCGUACGGGACCAUGCCUGUUCGAGCAGGACUCACACGCGGGAGACCAUAGUCUCCCCAUGUGGUGAUCGGAACGACUUCCCGCACUCGGGGACUCAACUUGGCGUGAAGGAGGGUGUGGGGGAAGGAUUUCUGGCUAUCCUUAAUCUCGUGAGGAGGAAGAUCUCAACAACCAGCCCUUUCCGGCCUCACCGUGACGGGUUCAGUGUGCAUUGACAGCGCACCAGAUUGUGGGGGUUUCACGGUGUCAAUAAAACACAAAAUAAGCAAC